UUCCAUCCACGCCCAAGCGGAAACCGAAACCACCCCCAGCCCAAACCCACGCUGAGAGAUCAGAACCCCAAGCAAGCGCCCUCACGCCACGACGACCCCCCUCACCCGAAUUCCCCACCUCGUCAUGCCCGAUUGCGCCGAUCCCUUCCCCUCCCAGCCGGAUCCAGACAUGCCGCCGCGGAAGCCCCUCGCCGGCAGCGGCGGAAAGCUCAAGAAGCCCCUCACAGACAAGCAGCGCGCCGCAGCGGAGCAGCGCCUCGCGCACCUCCGCUCCAGCCUCCUCCUCCGUCCCCUGGACGGCCCCUCCCGGACCCUCCCGCCGCCCCACGAGGCCGCCCUCCGCGCGCUCGGCCUACUCGACUUCGCCCACCUUGACCUCGCCUCCGACGCCCCGCGCCCCGAUCUCGUCGCCCCGCUCGUCGCCUACUACGACCCUGCCUGCAAGCGCAGCUUUGUCCGCGGCGUCCGCGUGGCCGUCUCCCGCCACGACCUCGCCCGGGCGCUCUCCCUCCCGCCGAAGCCCGCGGCCACGGCGGAGGCCCCGCCCGACGUGGACCCCGCCGCGGUGGCCUCAGCCGUCAUGCAUCUCCUGCAGGAGUACGUCCUGCUCCCGUUCCAGGGCGACGACAUGUGCAUACUGCCCCAGGAGGUGGCCGCCGCGGAGCAGGCGGUCAGGGAGGGGGCGGCGCAUAGGGUUGACUGGACAGGCCUGAUCUGGGGCCUCGUUGAGAAGGAGAUGCUCGAGUUGCCCAAGAGGGACGACGGGGUUUGCUACUACGGGCCGCAUCUGCAGAGGCUCAUUUGGGCACAGAAGCCGAAGCUGUUCGAGCAGGUGGAGCAAGGGGACAGAGGGGAGCUUGUCCGGGAGGCGUCUGUGGAUGUGGAUAUGGAAGAGGAGGAUGAGGAUGCCGUUGUGAAAAGCAAGAGUCUGGAGGAGCUGGAGCUGGCAGAUGGGGAUGCGGAUGCGAGGAGCAAGAGCUUGAAGGAAUCAGAAUUUGGUAAUGCUGACGCGAGGAGCAAGGGCUUGGAUGAGUUGGAGUUGGGGGAUGCCAACACGAGGAACAAGAUCUUAGAGGAGCUGGGCUUGGGGGAUGAGGAUGUGAGGAGUAAGUCAAUGGAGGAAUCAGAGGCAGUGGAUGAGGAUGCAAAGUUCAAGAGCUUGGAUGAAUCGGAGGCAUUGGAUGAGGAUGCAAGGGGCAAGAGCUUGGAUGAAUCAGAGGCAGUGGAUGAGGAUGCAAAGUGCAAGAGCUUGGAUGAAUCGGAGGCAUUGGAUGAGGAUGCAAGGGGCAAGAGCUUGGAUGAAUCAGAGGCAGUGGAUGAGGAUGCGAAGUGCAAGAGCUUGGAUGAAUCGGAGGAAGUGGAUGAGGAUGCGAAGUGCAAGAUCUUGGAUGAAUCAGAGGCAGUGGAUGAGGAUGCGAAGUGCAAGAUCUUGGAUGAAUCAGAGGCAGUGGAUGAGGAUGCGAAGUGCAAGAGCUUGGAUGAAUCGGAGGCAGUGGAUGAGGAUGCGAAGUGCAAGAGCUUGGAUGAAUCGGAGGCAGUGGAUGAGGAUGCAAAGUGCAAGAGCUUGGAUGAAUCGGAGGCAGUGGAGGAGGAUGCAAAAUGCAAGAGCUUGGAUGAAUCGGAGGCAGUGGAGGAGGAUGCAAAAUGCAAGAGCUUGGAUGAAUCGGAGGCAGUUCAUGAGGAUGCGAAGGGUACAAGCUUUGAUGAAUUGGGGACAAUGGAUGAGCCUGCAAAGGGCACGGACAUGGAUGAAUUUGGCUUGGGGUUUGUGACUGUUGCGGGGCCUGGUACACAUGAGGUGAUGCCUUUGGAUAAUGAUGAUGCGGUGGAGGCGGCACCAGAGAGAAGUGAUGAUGUUGCAGUGGCUGAAGAAGAGGAUGGUGAAGGGCCGUCAGUGGACAUAGUGGUGACACAGGAAGAAGUGGUGGCUGUAGCAGAGGAUGUGGGGGCUGAGGAGACAGAAGGGGAGGAAGAGAAGGAUGCAACAGGGUUGAGCUUGGGGAUUAACUCUACUGAUGGUUAUGAUAGUAUGGAUGUGGAAGAGGACAUGAAUGUUGAAAAUCUGGAUGAGGAUGGCAGUGGCAAUGAAGAGGCGGAGGAGUCAGAGGAUGAUGCAUUUGAGGAGUGUAAUGGUAGGGAGGACAUGAAUUGGAGAAUUGGGGAUGGCAAGGGGGAUGAGGGAAUGACACAUUGUUUACAGCGCUGUAACACAUUUGGGGGCAUGGAGUUUGAGAAUUUGAAUAAAGGGGAGGCUGAGAUGAGGGAUGAGUUGAGGUUUGACAGUUUCUCUGGAAGGGGAUCGUUGGAAAGGAUGACAUCAUCAAACCUCCUCGAAGCUAUGAACUCAAUUCCCCCAUCAUACAAUGUGACGGAGAAUGUGCAUGACCUGUCUUCUGGGGAAUUCUUGGCUAUGGGGGCUGAUGCACAUAAGAAUGGAGUGGAUCUGGGACCAGGGACCUCGUAUUUAUUUGGGAAUAAUGGUAAGAGGCACAUCGGUGAUAGUGACGGGUACAAUGACAAUAUGCAGGUACAAGAGCAGUUUCCUCAGUCCAAUCAACAAAAGAAGAUGCGCCACAGCAACAGUAGCAGCAUAUCACCUGGAUCAGCAGUCUUCAAUGCAAAUAUUUCGUUACCUGUACAGAACUUGAUGGUCGAGGCAAGCAGGCUCUAUGGGCAGAUGGAGCAAGAAGUUCAAAGUUUGCAGUUCGAGAAACAACAGUGGGCUAACAUGCUGCAGCAGAAGGAAGCCAUUAUCCAAUCCCUAAACUCAUCUCGGUUUGAGCAACAGAAUAAGUAUCAAGUGGAGCUUAGACGCUUUGAGCAUGAUCUGAAUGUUAUGGCACAGUUGGUCACUGGUUACAAGAAAGCUUUGAAACAGACCCGGGCCUCUUUUGAUGAGUACAGGAAGAAGUUCCCUUGUAACAAGCCUCGUUAUGUUGAUGUUCCUGGUGGUGGUGGCCUUGUUCUUAGUGUGAGGGAGUUGGAGAGGAAGCAGUUGGAGGAGCAGCAGCAGAAACUUGCUGCAGCAAAUGAAAUGAUUGGAAAGUUCCGGUAUGAAUGGUUCUCAAAGCUUGACGAGUGGAUGCUUUCUGUUGAUUCGCUGGGGAGCAGAAUUGAAGAACUGUCUAAGGAGAUCAAUCUUCUCAAGGAGAACAGAAAAACAAAAUAUGCAACCCUGGCUACAGAGGAAUGAGUUCCCUCACAAUCAGGCAGGCUCGGAUGUGAAGAUGGUGCAUAGGAUGUUUUGAUGUCAAUGAGCUCACAUCAACGGCUGUUGCUACCUGAUGGUACAUACUGUAGCAGAGAUAAUUAUGUCGCAUGUAAAAACUCGGACGUAUCAUCAUAAGGGGACGCUUUGAUGAUUCGUGCUUAAUUUAGAUGCCUCUAGGGUCUUUUUAAUCUA